AUGAGAAAGACGAGGGAUGAGCUUAAUGAGGAAGUGAUUGACGAAGGAGAGCUUUUCAUGUUCCAUCUCCAAAAACCGUCAAGCAAUGAGUUCAAAUCAAGCCUUUUACACCGAAUGAAGAAACAAGUGAAUCUGUUUAAAAGAUAUGAAGCAGAUGGAAACCCUACAAAUAUUUUAGAUGGGAUCCAGAAGGCUCUACACUGCAAAUAUGUUGCUAUUGAUAUGGGGAUUUUGAAAACUCUGCAAUUACUUGGUGGAAACAAUAAGUUAGAGAUUGGUAUUUGUGUUGGUGGACAGAAGAUUGAGGAACUAAGAGAGUUUUUGAACAAUCUAGAUCUUGAGAUUCGUAACAUUAGAAGAGAUGGAGCUGUGCUUAAUAAAGGUGUAGGUGCUGAUUUUUGUGCAAAAAGAAGAGGUUGCGUCUUCAGGAUUCAGGUCAAGUGA